AUGAACAAUUACUCUUUAUUCUGUAGCUGAAAUAAGUUUCUAGAAAUGAAUUAAACCAAUAGUUCGUCAUUGUUAUGAUAAAUCAUCGACUUACCGCUGGAAUGUUUAUGUUGUAAGACUCCAUUUCCCAGGAACCCCUUCGGUUUGUAGCCGCCGCACGGGUGCGAAAUGACAACAAACAAGAAAGUCACACUGUAGUGAAUCUCAGCAGAAGAUAUCACAUCAUGAUCGUAUAUGUCCGGUUUAAUUCCAGUCAUGGGUUCCCGGUGGAGUUGGAACAGGGUGCGAGUGUAGCUGACCUGAAAGAGGCAGUGGGGCGUCUACAGGGCGUUGAACCCGGUCACCUGCGGGUGAUUUUUGCUGGACGAGAGCUCUGCAGUGAAUCAACACUUCAGGGCUGUGAUCUCCCUGAACAAAGCACGGUUCACGUGGUUCUGCCGCCCUCCGGUUCAGCUCAGCGUUCUGAGCUGGUUUUACAGCGUAGACUGGACGAUGGGGUGGCUAGCUUGACCAGACUCGACCUCAGUCCCUCUCGUCUGACCACUGCAUCUGAAGGUCUGGCUUUUAUUCUGGAGACAGAUGCCUCCGGUCAAAGAAACCCCUCCAGGCAUGCAGAAUCCAGAGUCCACAGCAGUUUUUAUGUAUUCUGUAAAACCAUCUGCAAAUCCAUCCAGCCUGGAAAGCUACGAGUUCGCUGCAAAGACUGCAAACAGGGCACCCUCACACUCAGCAGGGGGCCGUGUUGCUGGGAUGAUGUGCUUCUCCCUAACAGGAUUCAUGGAGUUUGUCAGUCACAAGACUGCAAUGGCAGAGUGGCGGAGUUCUACCUGAAAUGUGCUGCUCACCCCACCUGUGAUAAUGACACUUCGGUAGCUCUGGACUUGAUCAUGCCCAACACACGCAGCGUCCCCUGCAUUGCCUGCACUGACAUCAUGAGUCCAGUUCUGGUGUUUCAGUGUGCCGAGCGUCACGUGAUCUGCCUGGAGUGCUUCUAUCUGUACUGUGUGACCAGACUGAACGAGCGACAGUUUAUCCACGAGCCGCUGGUGGGCUACUCACUGCCCUGCGCAGCUUGCUGUCCGGACUCUCUCAUUAAAGAGAUUCAUCAUUUUCGAGUCCUGGGAGAUGAACAGUAUGAGCGUUACCAGCGAUAUGCAGCAGAGGAGUGUCUUCUUCAGAUGGGAGGAGUUUUGUGCCCCGCUCCUGGAUGUGGCGCUGGCAUACUUCCUGUGGAUGAUGAUGUCAGAAGAGUCUGCUGUGAGCUAAGCAAUGGACUCGGCUGUGGGUUUGUGUUUUGCAGAAACUGUAAGGAAGAAUAUCACGAGGGAAGCUGCAGACAGAAGAUGGCCACAGCAGAGGGAAAUACCCUUCAGGGUUAUAUUGUAGAUGAAGAAGCGGCACUUCGUGCUCGGUGGGAACAAGCCUCACAGGAGACUAUAGACAAGACAACUCACCCAUGCCCCAAAUGCAAAGUUCCUGUGGAAAAAAAUGGUGGCUGUAUGCACAUGGUGUGUCCAAGGUCUCAUUGUAGGUUCGAGUGGUGCUGGCUGUGUCGUGUGGAAUGGAACAGGGAGUGUAUGGGAAACCACUGGUUUGGAUAAACCCAAUAAGCUUUCACUAUGAGUCCCAACUCACUCAGGGAAUGAAGGUCUACAGUAUGUGUGUUUUGAAAAGCACCAAAUGGAAAACUUGCAGAGCACUAUCAAAUAGAUAUCAAGUUAUGAGCCACAUCACAGAAAUGCUGCUGAAGUUCAAAUGUAAUUGUUGUACGUUGGUUAUCAAAACUCAAUGUGUAAUAAAAUGUUUUAACAGACCUGA